AUGGCUGGACAUUGGGAGAUUUGCGAUAUUGACAUGGGAAGUUUAAUGGCCCAGGAGGGCGUGGCGGUUUAUCUGGCCUUUUCCAGCUUUCCUCUUCCUCGUUACCUUCUACUACUUCCUCUAAUUAUAGUUAUUCUUUUUUUUCUUCCUCCAAUCCUUUUUCUAUUCAUUAUAAUAAUAAUUGUUCUUUCUACUUCUUCGUUUCAGCAACCUCCUUCGACACUCAUACUCAGCCCUCCUCCUCCUCCACCCCCUGUUCGUUUUCCCCUUUACCACACCACCGCCUCAUCAUGCCAUGUAUUGCCCAUCAGUCUAUCUGCCCACGGCCAUGAUUCGUCGCCCCAGGCAUCUGCAAACCUGUCCGUCUGUCCGUCUCUCAAUCUAGCCCUACAUCGGCCAGUACGCUCAACCAGCUCUUCACACUCUCUUCGGCUUGUCUCAUACUCUCCCAGGCCAACGUAUGCAUCCCUUUUUUCGACCAUCUCAUGCUCUUCUUCUCUCUUCAUUUCCACUCUUCUACGCUUUGCUAUUUACUGCUCGUUCCUUGGUAGGACAGUGGUGGGAGGAGUGUGGGGGGCGAUCAAAGCUUGCUUUAACAAACAUGACAAAGGCUAA